AUGCCAGGCCAGAUUUCCGAGAAUUCAGAGGAUGCCGACUCCAGUGAAAGCACCGACAGUAUCCAGCCUUCCCCGCCAUAUCCUCCUCAUACUAGUUGUGUCGUCGAGGUCCCAGGUAACCUCUUUGAUGCACCUGCUGACUCGGGGUUGAUUCGUAUGUUACACCCCGCAUCCUGCCCAAACAAAAGUAAACUGACUUCAGCCCAAGAUGCCUGUAACUGUAUGGGUGUAUGGGGUGCUGGAAUUGCUCGCAUGUUCCGACAGAGGUAUCCUCGAGCGUACCAAUACUACCGCUCCCAUUGCCAGAGCUAUAGUGAAUACCCGGAACGAAACAGCAUCAUCAACCUCCAAGUCGGCGGCGACAGACGGAUCUCCGUGUGGAAACCACUGGGCACGGCGCUGGUGAUCCCUCCCCAGGGUUCCGAGACACACUGGAUUAUCUGUCUGUUUACUUCUCGUGGAUUUGGCAACCGCGUCAGCUCCCCCAAUCUGAUUGCAAAUAGCACGUAUGCUGCUCUAAAGGAUCUAGAGCGGUGGAUGGGAAUCUACCAGGCUCUGCACGAACACAUGGGCCUUGCUAUGCCUAAUGAUUUGUACGCGUGCCGAUUUAACUCGGGACGGUUUGAUUUUCCUUGGAAUAGGACUCGGAAUCUCAUUGAGGGCGCUGGUGUGGCUAUGACUGUUGUUUAUCCUCUUGAGGAGAGAGAGGAUGAGUCUGCGACUCCGAGUUAA